GUAUUGUAUAUAAACCUGGUUGUUACGGUUGUGAAAACAAACCAACUCAGCCUGACGGAAACGAAAAUGCCGCUUGUGUUUCUGUAACUCUGUGUUCACAUGGCCCUUGAUGAUCGAAGUUCCGUUCCCAUCCAGGUGCACGUAUAAAGCAGCGUGUCCUGCUACGCCCAUGUCAUCUAUAUUCGUCUUGGCAAGGCUCGUGUCAACAAGUCAUGCGGAAAUAUACCAUCUUUACUGGAAUGAAUACUGUACUUAACCUUUCCGAAGCCAUCUGCCUUACCAAUUAGUUACUGAACUCGUGUGUACUUUUGGACGGAUCGAUACUGUUUAUGUCCAACCCCAAUUGAACAAGGAAACGUUCUGCACUCACUCUGGUGAACGUGUAGGAAAAAGCGUUCUAUCAUUGAUUCUGCCCUGGCAGCUUGCGCCAAUUACAGUGGAGGACUCGGCAGUCUAACCGAACUGAUCUACACCAAGGUGCCAGCAAUGAAUACCUCCAACAUUUCAGACGCGAUCACCACGAUUGCGUCGACUACCCAUGCGACGACGCCAGAUCGCCUGACGCCCAAUGGUACUCCGCACAGCACGGUGGCCUUGGUCUUCAUUUGCAUCAGCGCCUUGCUCAGUCAGAUCCUGACCAUUGGGGGGAACAUCUUGGUCAUGCUGUCCUUCAGGGUGGAGCGACGUCUGCAGAAGCCUAGUAACUACUUCCUCCUCAGCCUAGCCGCUGCUGACCUGAUCAUCGGGAUGUUCUCCAUGCCCAUAUAUACGUUGUACCUUAUCAUGGGUUCCUGGCCUUUUGGCACCUUUGUCUGCGAUCUUUGGCUCUCCAUUGACUAUUCGUGCAGUGAGGUGUCUGUACUCAACCUCAUCAUGAUCAGUGUGGACAGACUCUGGUCCGUCCGCUCGCCUGCCAAGUACCGCAACAAAAUGAACCUCCGUCGGGCUGUCAUAAUGAUUAUCCCUACCUGGAUAUUACCAAUACUGCUAUACUUCACAUCGGUCCUGGGCUGGCCGUAUUUCCAUAUUGGGGAGCUGCGACCAAGCGAUGAGUGUUACGUGCCAUUCCUGGUGAAUUCCCCGCUUUUCAUGGCUCUUUCAACUGUCGUGGUAUACUGGGUGCCGUUGACAAUCCUUUUCCUCAUGUAUGCGUACAUUUUUCGGAUCAUCCGGAACCUAUCAAGGAAAAAGGUCAAAUCUGGCCACCGCAAUGCCCCCGAUGAGUCAAUACGGGGGAGGGCCAUGCGUUCACGAGUCUCCCAUGAUCACCUCUACCCGGAGCGCACUCUUGAGCCCACCAUGAUGGAGAGUGAAGCCCUUGGAGUCGGCAUUACCACGGAUGGAACCACAACAUCCACUACAGUCUCGGCCCUUUCGGCAGAGGCAAACCGCGUGAACGAGGUCAAGAGAAAAACUCCGCCUCGCCGAGAGAUGGAAUCCUACGACCGCGACGACCCCAGUGAUGAGACCUCCUCUUCCGAAAGACGGCGAGACAACGAGCAGCAGCAGCCUUUACGGCACCAAUACCAACCCAACAGCAAUGGGAAGAAGCGCUCCAGCAUCAUCACCUUCCGAUCUAGUGGUCGUAAGUACGAGGUCAAACGGCGAUCCGUCAAGGGAGAGCGGCAAAGCCGAAGCGAACGUAAGGCCACCCGGACGCUUACUUUCAUUCUUGGCGCUUUCUUCAUCACCUGGAGCCCGUACUCUACCGUGGUAAUGAUAAAGGGCUACUGUCCUGAUUGUGUACCCGACGCACUGUAUCAUUUCAGCUACUACCUUUGCUAUAUUAACAGCACUGUGAACCCCCUAUGCUAUGCAUUUGCCAAUGAACUGUUCCGUGCAACCUUCUACAAGAUUCUUACUUGUAAAGCAUUCGGGAGGAGAUAAUCGGACCUUUCCUUGUUUAUGUUAAAGGUGCAUGGAAAACUUCGUGAUGAUUUGACAAAAUCGGUUUUUUUAACAUUUUUUAUUUAGUGAGGUUAAAAUUAAAUGAUGUAUCGCCAUAUAAUUGCGUUUAGUCAAGAGUCUUGCAAGAACCAGUUUGUAAAUGGCAGCUGCUUAAACCGUUAGGAAAAUACUGGCUUCAACAAGCCUUUUGCGAGUUGAAUUUGAGUAAAAUCUGGUACACUGAGUUAUCUAAUUGCACAUAAACGUUACAAUUCGAAUUCCCCCAGACUAAAAACGCUGUAGCUAUACCUCGUGAUCGGAGUAAGCUUUGCAUGGCGACCACUGUCUCUGGAAUGGACUGGUUUCUUUGUACCUUGCUUAUCCAUUGAGGACAGUGUAUUGUUGCAAGGCGUCUCUUUUAUAACUAAGCAAAAGUUUGCCCGAAUCACAAGGUAUAGCAACAGUAUU